AUGCAACUCUCUUGGAAGGAUAUCCCUAGUGUUCCAACGUCCAACGACAUGUUGGACAUUGUCUUGAACAGAACUCAAAGAAAAACACCUACUGUUAUUAGACCAGGUUUUAAAAUCACUCGUAUUAGGGCAUUCUACAUGAGAAAGGUUAGAUUCACUGCCGACGGGUUCGCUGAAAAGUUCUCAGAUGUUAUAAGUGGGUUCCCAAAUAUCAAUGACUGUCAUCCAUUUCACAGAGAUUUGAUGGAUACGUUGUAUGAGAAGAAUCAUUAUAAGGUUUCCUUAGCCGCAGUCUCCAGAGCUAAGACUUUGAUUGAACAAGUGUCUAGAGAUUACGUUAGAUUGUUGAAAUUCGGUCAAUCUUUGUACCAAUGUAAGCAAUUGAAGAGAGCUGCCUUGGGUAGAAUGGCCACAAUCGUCAAAAAAUUGAAGGAUCCAUUUGUUUAUUUGGAACAGGUUAGACAGCAUUUAGGAAGAAUGCCAAGUAUUGAUCCUAACACCAGAACUUUGUUGAUCUGUGGAUACCCUAACGUUGGUAAGUCAUCUUUCUUAAAGUGUAUCACCAAGGCUGACGUUGAAGUGCAACCAUACGCGUUCACCACCAAAUCCUUGUACGUGGGGCAUUUCGACUACAAGUACUUGAGAUUCCAAGCCAUUGAUACUCCAGGUAUCCUUGACAGACCAACUGAAGAAAUGAACAACAUCGAAAUGCAAUCGAUCUACGCCAUUGCCCAUUUGAGAUCUUGUGUUUUGUACUUCAUGGAUCUUUCUGAACAGUGUGGUUUCUCUAUUGAAGCCCAAGUCAAGUUAUUUCACAGUAUAAAGCCAUUGUUUGCCAACAAGAGUGUUAUGGUUGUCAUGAACAAGACUGAUAUCUUGAGACCAGAAGACUUGAGCGAAGAGAAGCAAGAGUUAUUGAAAACCAUUUCUGCUGUUUCUGGUGUCGAAGUGAUGAGUGCUUCCUGUGUUGAAGAAGACAACGUUAUGCAAGUCAGAAAUCAAGCAUGUGAAAAGUUAUUGACUGCCAGAAUUGAACAAAAAUUGAAGGGUACUGCUAGAGUGAACAAUGUAUUGAACAAGAUUCACGUUGCCAAGCCUCAAUCUAGAGAUGACGUCCGUAGAGAUGCCUUCAUCCCAGAUGCUGUUAAGAACAUGAAGAAAUAUGACGCUGAAGACCCUAACAGGAGACAAUUGGCCAGAGAUUAUGAAGCUGAAAACGGUGGAGCUGGUGUUUUCAACAUCAACUUGAAAGACAAAUACCUUUUGGAAGAUGAUGACUGGAAAAAUGAUGUUAUGCCAGAAGUCCUCGAUGGUAAGAAUGUUUACGAUUUCCUUGACGAAGAUAUUGCUGCUAAGUUGCAAGCAUUAGAAGAAGAAGAAGAAAGAUUAGAAAAGGAAGGAUUUUAUGACAGUGACGAUGAUGAUGAAGACGUCGACUUGGAUGCCAUUGAAAAUGGUGAAGAUCUUGAAGAUAUUAGAGACAAGGCUGCAUGGAUAAGAGACAAACAAAAGAAGAUGAUUAACGAGUCAAGAUACAGAAAGGCAUUGAAGAAUAGAGCAGUCAUGCCAAGAGAUCAAGUCAAGAAAUCAUUUGAAAGUAUGGAAGAACACAUGUACUCCUUGGGUCACGAUACCAGUGCUUUAAAGAGAAACAAGAGUGUUUCUGCCGGUAAGGAAUUAUCAGGAGUUGAUAUCUUGAAGAGAAACCAAGGAUUAGCUUCCUCAUCAAAGACUAGAGUCAAUAAGAAGAAGGCCCCAGUAUCACAAACCGAUCGUCUUAACGAUGGUCUUAACGAUGGUGCAUUAAGAUCUCAAGCUGAAAGAUUGGCCAAGAUUCAAAGAAGAGAGAGAAAUAGAAUGGCCAGACAAGGUGAAGGUGAUCGUCAUUCUACCGCUAUGUUGCCAAAGCAUUUGUUCAGUGGUAAGCGUGGUAUUGGAUCUAAUGAUCGUCGUUAA